AUAGAAUUAAUUUUAUCAAUUAUUGGCAGUUUAAUUUUAGUAAUCUGUGUUUUAGUGAGAGUUGCUUUUUUAACUCUCUUGGAGCGUAAAGUAUUAGGCUAUAUUCAAAUUCGUAAGGGACCUAAUAAGGUUGGAUUAAUAGGUAUUCCCCAACCCUUUUGUGAUGCGAUUAAGUUAUUUACUAAGGAACAAACUUAUCCUCUUUUGUCAAAUUAUAUUUCUUAUUAUUUUUCUCCUAUUUUUUCUUUAUUUCUUUCUUUAGUAGCUUGGUUGUGUAUUCCUUUAUUUGUAAAGGUAUUUUCUUUUAAUUUAGGAUUAUUGUUUUUUUUAUGUUGUACUAGUUUAGGUGUUUAUACUGUUAUGGUGGCUGGGUGAUCUUCUAAUUCUAACUAUGCUUUAUUAGGGGGACUUCGGGCUGUUGCUCAAACAAUUUCUUAUGAAGUUAGUAUAGCAUUGGUUUUAUUGUCUUUUGUUUUUUUAAUUGGGGGUUAUAAUAUUUUAUAUUUUUUUUAUUAUCAAAAAAGAAUUUGAUUUUUGGUUAUUUUAUUUCCAAUUAGAUUAUUUUGGUUUUGUAUUUGUCUAGCAAAAACUAAUCGGACUCCUUUUGAUUUUGCUGAAGGAGAAUCUGAAUUAGUAUCUGGGUUUAAUAUUGAAUAUAGAAAAGGGGGAUUUGCUUUGAUUUUUAUGGCUGAAUAUGCUAGUAUUUUGUUUAUAAGAAUAUUGUUUUGUGUAAUUUUUUUAGGGUGUGAUUUAUUUAAUGUUAUAUUUUAUGUUAAGUUAACAUUUAUUUCAUUUGUUUUCAUCUGAGCUCGGGGGACUUUACCUCGGUUUCGUUAUGAUAAAUUAAUAUAUUUAGCUUGAAAGAGUUUUUUACCUUUUUCAUUAAAUUUUUUAAUAGUUAUUAUGGGAUUUAAAUUAUUAUUAAUUUGUUACAUGUGGU